AACAAAGUGGAGCGGCAUCUUUCUUGGACAACUUGAGUCUAGUUUAUCAGCAGUUUUAUUGCCAGUAUUUGACGAGAUACUCAGUAUUUACGUUUGCAUUUAGCCCGAAGGACAAUGUCAAGCGCGGUUUUAUACGAGAUAGGCUGGACUGAUGGCUUUGCUAUUCCUGUUGCAAAUACAGAAAAUAAAGCGUUGCAGGAAGAGAUUCAGAAGAAACAAAAAGAAAAUUCAAUCUUGGAAGCCAAAAUCAGUGAGCAUAAAGAAAAAAUCCAGGCAUUAUCUGACCAUCUCAAAAAUGUCAGACAGGAGCUAUCUCACACCCAGGUGCUCUGUAGAGCGGUUGAGAAGGAGACGGAGUCCGAGGCUCAUUUUAAGGCCCUGGCGGAAAGAGAAAUGGGGCGUCUGAGACAGGAGAUCACUCAGCUGGAGAACGAGCUGGGUGCCCUACGGGAAAGAAGGAAUGCACAGGAGAACAAUAUCUUCAAAGCCACUCAGAAGCUUGAAGAGCUCAAGGGCCAGCUGAACUGGGAUCAGAAGACGCUGGACACCUGGCUGGAAGAAUCAGCUCAAAAGGACCAAGACACCAUGGCCAUCCUCAAAUACGCCCAGCAAGAUGAGGCCAGGAUAAAGGUGCUGACUCUGCGCGUUGAGAAAUUGACUCUGGAGGCCAAUCAGAAGCGCAAGGUCCUGGACAACGAACGGACCGAGACCAUGACGGCUCAGAUUGCGCUGGAUAAGACUGCUGAGAGCUUGCGUCAAGCCCAUGGGGAGCGGCAGGAGCUCAUUCGCCAGUGGGGGAACACCAUUGAGCAAAUGAGAAAGCGGGACCAGGAGCUGCAGCAGUGUGCAUUGCUGCUUUCCCAGAUGAAGCAGGAGGUUCGGGAGAGGCAGGACCGGAUAAAGGAGAAGAAGAACUUCCUGGAAACCCAGGAGGAAAACAACAGGGAGUACGAGAGGAAGAUCACGGGAACAGAGCGUCUGGCCGCCAAACUGAGGGGCGAGCUCCAGGAGCUGGAGGCCAACCGCACGCGAUUACAGGACGAGUUGGAAACCUUGAGACGUAACGUGGACCAGACUAACAUAGCUGUAGAGGCUAGGAGGUCCCAGCUGGCUGACUUGAAAAGAGAAAUUCAGGACAAAAAUAACAAAGUGAAGCACGCCAGGCUCCGCAACACAGCUCUGGAGGAGAAACUGGAGAGUGUGACGCAGUCUGCGGUCAGCAUGGAGGAGAGGGCAGCGCAGUUUGAGCAGAUGCUGAUGGAGGAGGAGCAGACUGAAAGAGAGAUUGACUCUCAGCUGCGUGAAAAUCAGAAAGUCCUGGCCCGGGGACGACAGGAGCUACAGACGCUCAAGUCCAAGGAGAAGACCCUAUUGGCCGAGAUCUCUGGGAGCCGCGCCACUCUCUCCAACCUCAACAGCCGGUUGGACAAACUGGAGCACAGCUCUUUGCAACAGCAGGAGAUGAUUUACAAUAAGGACUUCCAGAUACAGCUGCUGGAGAGGAAGCUGUCACGGCUGAGGGGGGAGGGGAACACAGAGGAGGAGCAGGCCCUGAAGAAGAAGGAGUCCGAGCUGGCCGCGGCCCUGGAAGAGGAGAGGAAGACGGCCAAAAUGCUGGCGCUGCAGCUGAAAAAGCUCCAGGAUGAGAUUUACUGUGCUAAGAAAGAGACCGAGAAGACUGGGGCUCAGAAGAGAGAACUGACUGAGAAAAUUGAGGAGCUGAACCUCUUCAAUGACAUCUCUGACAAGGAACUGAACAAACUGCGUUUCAAAAAGCAGGACACCAUGGUGGAGAACAACAUAGUGAAACUGGAGGUGAAGCACAUGAGGGACCUGCUGUACAACAAGGCAGACAGCGUCCUCUCCCUGGAGAAGCAGAGGCUUCAGCUCCAGGCGGCCAUGAGGGAGAGGCAGGUGGAGAUCAACGUCCACAGGGAGAUGCUUCAAAAACAGAUCAAAAUUGCCGACCAGGAACGUCAGAAACUCAGCGCUGAGGCGCAUGAAAGACUCUCCAAAAUUGACAAGAUGAGGAAGAAGUAUGAGAUCCUCACCAUAUCCAUGGCAGCCCCAGAAGGAGAGGAGGAGAAGUCCCCAGCUUAUUAUGUCAUCAAAGCUGCGCAAGAGAAGGAAGAGCUGCAGCGUAAAGGAGACGACCUGGAUGCUAAAAUCCGUCGGACGGAGAAAGAGAUCCAGGCGCUGGAAAACACCCUCCACGUGCUGAGGAGCACCAACGCCGUGUACCGCAAGGCCUUCGGCAAGGUCACGGAGUCCAGUGAGGAAUAUCAAGAAAAGCUGAAACUUGAGGACCAAAAGAGGGCUGUAGAUGAACUAUAUCUCUAUAAGAGGAGGCAAAUCAGAGAACUUGAGGAAAAUAUUCAGGGCAUGAACAAUACCCUUGAAGACCUACUGCAGGAGGAAGCCAUGCACCGCAGGAAAACGGACGAAGCUGAAUCGCAGAUCCUGUCCCUGAACAAGGAGCUGGGCUCACAAAAAGAGAAGCUGGACAGGGUUACCAAACAGUGCUCCAAGCUGACCAGGGAGAUCCGGUCUGCCAAAAAGACCAAAGGUAAGACGUGGGAGGAGCAUGACAUAGACCUUCGUGAGCUGAAGGAGUUCAACAAGACUGUGAACAAGGUGCUGCUGGAAGCUAUGGAUGGGAACCCUGACCUGAGGUCAGCGCUGCAGUCCUACUUUCAGGAGGCCAGCCUGCCCCUGCCCACACCUGGAUCAGCGUCAGGCAGCAGACAGAGCUCAAAGUCUGCCUCGAUUCGCAGCUCUGUCAGGUCAGCUGACUCUUCUUGUAGCAGCAGCCCUAGAGGCAGCCUACCCUUGCCAACUGCAGUGUCCAUGCCAGCCAGCAGGCAGAGCUCAAAGCCUGCUUCGGCUCGCAGCUCCAUGUCCUCUGCCAGGUCGUCUGGUUCUUCCUGUGGCAGCGACCCAGGAGCCUCAGCUCUGCAGUCUCCCCAUGUGACCACGGUGGACCUGGGGUUGCAGCUGGCCGUGACGAGCCCUCCGCUCGCUGCCGCCUCUCCGCGGGACUCGAGACGGGGAAGCUCCGCUGCCAGCACCAGCAGCAGCACCAGCAGCCGGAGGUCCCAACGCAAAAGCCCGUAGAGCCUCCCCUUCCCUCCCCGUCUGACUGCUCACAUACUACUGGACUGAAUCAUUUGUCAAAUAGCAGUAAAACCUGGGGGGUAAGAUGUAGGUUUUGUAUCAAUUUUCCGUUUUCUAUGGGAUAAUUUUUUCUUGCCUGUUCCAUCUUGCAGUUUGUGCUCUUCCUUGAAGGCUAUCUAAUGUAGCAUUUCCACGAUUUGCAAGUACAGAAGCCAACAGAUGAGUCUUUACUGCACAUUGGUGGAGUCUGCAAAUCUCUGGAGCAGUGUGUUCAGAGGAGCAGGUAGGUGAACUGCUAAAACUGCAAGUUAAGCUGGUUAUAAUAAUAAUAAUAAUAAUAAUAAACUUUAUUUGUAUAGCACAUUUAAAAAAAAAAAAGUUUACGAAGUGCUUUACAGAAGAUAGUAAAAAAGAUAGCAAAAUAGCAAAACCAGAAUCGGUUUAAUAAAAAUAAUAUUUAAAAAAACAAACAAAUAAAAAAAAUAAAAUAAAAUAAAAAGAUGGUGGGAACUCAAUUUGAUGAACUAUCAAUUGCUUCAUCAGACUUGUUUCAAUCCCUGACACAAGAGGGCACUCUAUGAUUCAGGAUGUGUUACAAUUUGUCCAUUACAAACUAGACUAAUUCAAAAUCAUGGAAAGGAUAGAUAUACUGCACAAAUCUGGUGGGGUCAUAGGCUAUUUCCUUGCAACCCAAAAUAAUAUCAGGAGAGGUUAGCAAAUGUAAAAUCUGUAGGGUUUUCUUGUUCACUUUUAGUUACUGUAACUAUAACCCAGUCUUGUCUUGAACCAUUCACAUCAUCAUGAACCUAAUUUGUGGAAGAGAGCAAGUGUGAGAGAGACUACUGGGUAGUAGGAGCUAUCUUGCCUGCUUGCUUGGCUAGGUAGCCAGCAGUAACGUGCUUGCUAGCUAGCAACAGCCCAGACCGGUAUUGUCUGAUUGUUAGUUGUUUCAUCUCCUGAGUCUCUUACUCAGAAGAUGAAAUCAUUGAGGCUGAUAGAGAUUUGACAGCUGUCUGUUCCCCAACACCUGCAGUGUCUGAUGCAGCCAGACUGAGGCCAAAUGCAGUCUCAUAUCAUGGCUGAUUAUUUAGCAUAUCUGGGUUAGUGGUGUUUGUAAAUGACAGCUUGCUAAAUUAUCUAUUGCUAUGCUUCAUGAUUAGGGAUAUGUCAGUGUUAAAUGAAUUUGGUUUGUUGUUAACUCAACAUUUGCAACAUUUACAUAUAUACAGAAUACACUGUAUACUACAGCAUAUGGAGUUUCCAUUGCACUGAUUAACAUCAUGUAAUUUAACUAAAAUAUGUAUAAAACAUAGGACAACAUUUAUUAUGUGUGUACAGCUUUGAUUGCAAUGAUUAAAAUAAUGUACAACUGAAAUCUGCAGAAUAUUUUGAGAAUCCUUUGAUGUGUGUCAAGUUCUGAUUGCAAGGAUUUACAUAAUGUGAUUUCACUGAGAUCUGUUCAAUACAUAGAGCAUCAGUGGAAAUGGGAGGGCGACAGAUUAAUUAAUUCACCACACAAAUGUGCUUUUUAGUAGAUCAUAUAAAGCAAAAUAGUUGUGUCUUGAUUGUAUUCUCUUUUUUUGAGAAAUGAUUUGUCCUGACUAUUAAUAAUCUUGCUCAACUGGAUUGUCGUAAUAUGAUCGCUCUGAGAAAGUCUUUAUCCAACUCAAAUAGACUGGAAGACUGAAAGAAGUAGACUGAAAAAUAUAUGUCUUUGGAUGUGUAUGUUCAUUGUUUUGUAAUGCAAAUAUUGAUUGAUUUCUGUAAAAGCUUACUCUGCAUUGAUGUUCCAACAUUAAUUUGUAUCUGGGGGAAAUGUCUUGUUUUGAUGAAAACAUUAAUAAUAUUAAUAUGCUAACAGCAUUUCCUUUUGUCUGAAGAUCAAAGUCUGUGAAAAUGUGUUGAAUUAAAUGAAUAUCAAACUCA